UUAAAAUCACAUAUGCCAUCAACAGAAACAAGGAAAUGUAAGGAAACUCUUAGCAGGGAGAAAAAAAAAAAAACACAAAGAAAAUGCUUGUUGGGGAUUUAUUGAGCAAUACUUUAAAAAUACACUUGACCAUCUUUUUAGAGUAACUGUCAUUUACAGGAUUUGUUCUUAUAGGGAAUUGGAAAAAUUGUAAGACACACUAUCCCCGGUUUGCAAGUGAGAGUACAAAAGCCAAGAAAAGCAAAGUAACUUGUAUUUCUGAUUUAAUCUUUCCUACAGAUGAAACACGAAGUGAAAAAUGCUGAAAGCAACGUGUCUACAGUGAAGCAAUUUGUACUGCUGGGAUUUUCUGAUCUUUCAAAUCUCCAAGAGUUUCUAUUUGGAGUGUUCGCCAUCAUUUACAUAAUUAUUAUAAUUGAAAAUAGCCUGAUAAUAAUACUAACCAGACUCGAUCCUGCAUUACAGAAACCCAUGUAUUUUUUCCUGGCAAAUUUUUCCUUAUUGGAAAUUUCUUAUGUAACUGUCACCCUCCCCAGGAUGCUAGUGAAUCUUUGGACUCAGGACAGAAGCAUUUCUCUGCUGGGAUGUGCCACCCAGAUGUGCUUCUUUCUUAUGCUGGGGGCCACUGAAUGUUUUCUCCUGGCAGUGAUGGCUUAUGACCGCUAUGUGGCCAUUUGUAACCCUCUGCACUAUCCUCUAGUCAUGAACCAAAAGAUGUGUGUCCAGCUAGCAGUCAGCUCCUGGAUCAUUGGCAUCCCAGUCCAGAUAGGGCAAACAGCUACAGUUUUCUCUCUGCAUUUUUGUGAUUCUAACAAAAUUAACCACUUCUUCUGUGACGUCCCUCCCAUUAUCAAGUUGGCCUGUGGGGACACUUUAGUUCAUGAGAUGUCUGUCUAUGCUGUAGCUAUGUUUUUUGUUGUUCUUCCUUUUAUGUUGAUACUUGCCUCCUACAGUAAAAUCAUUUGCACAAUUUUAAAGUUGCCAACAGCCUCAGGACAGGCUAAAGCCUUCUCCACAUGUUCUUCCCACCUGCUGGUUGUGGUUUUAUUCUUUGGAUCUGCUACCAUCACCUGUUUAAGACCCAAGUCCUAUCAUUCUGCAGGAGUGGACAAGCUGCUUUCACUUUUCUACACCAUAGUGACUCCCAUGUUUAAUCCCAUGAUAUAUAGCCUUAGAAACAAGGACGUUAUUGCUGCACUGAGAAAAUUCUUUCUUAAAAAGUAGCAUGAUGAGUUAGCCAAAACAAAACCGAACCCAGUGCCGUCGAGUCGAUUCUGACUCCUAGCGACCACAUAGGACAGAGUAGAACUGACCCAUAGAGUUUCCAAGGAGUGCCUGGCGGAUUCAAACUGCCGACCCUUUGGUUAGCAGUCGUAGCUCUUAACCACUACGCCACCAGAGUUUCCAUGAUGAGGUAGAGACAACCUAAAUAUCCAUCA